AUGUGGAACUUUCUUCCACUACUGAGCUUGCUGGGCUCGGUGCCUUUUGUUUCUGCAAUUCCAAAUGGAAUUGUAAUUGCUCGCGCAACUACUGCAUCGUCGGCCUCUGUUUCAGCCCCACCGGUUCGAAGCUAUCAGUCUUCCGAGCCGCAUACGCCUUUCAGCGGGACUCCGUCGACUACUGGCGCAUUGACUGCUUCUUCAAUUGGAACUGGCAUUUCCAGCGGAGGUGUGGCACCAGACGCUACUACUUACCCCAGUGAUGGAAAGCUUCAUAAUGCCGAGCCGGCUCCUUAUGUUCCUGCUGGAGGAGUUGGUACCAACGGAUCAACUCCUGUGUAUAAUGCCAAGAGUGAUUUCGACUAUGAAUCACUGGCCCUGGCAUUGUACCAGGAAUGGAUUGAACUAGAUUUAUUCCGGGAUGGAUUGAAGCGCUUCUCGGCGGAAGAUUUCAAGGCCGCUGGUUUGAACGCUGCAGACCGGGACCUGAUAGAAUUCAUGGCCGAGCAAGAGGUUGGCCACGCAACUCUGAUCAGCAAUAUUCUUGGUGCCCAAGCGCCGCAGCAGUGCGCCUACAAUUACCCAUAUACCAACGUCCACGAGUUCCUCGACUUCUGCCAGAAGCUGACUCGGUUCGGCGAGGCUGGUGUUUAUGGCUUCCUCGCUCAUCUGGACUCUCGCGAAGCAGCCACUCUGUUGACACAGUCCAUCACGACCGAAGCGCGUCAGCAGAUGAUCUUCCGCCAGUUCCAAGGUCUCUUCCCUAUGCCCGUAUGGUUCGAAGUUGGUAUCCCGCAGUCCUGGGCUUGGACCCUCCUGGCGCCAUAUAUCAGCUCUUGCCCCAGCAACCAGACUCGUCUGGUGUGGCAGAACUUCCCAGCUCUGAGGAUCCUCAACCAGCCAAGCAUUGCUACCGCCGGUGGCACCAGUAACAGCACUGGGCUCAACAACACUAUCAGCUCUGGUACCAAUGUUGUUAAGUCACCCAACGGCUCGUCCGGCUCCAACUCUAGCAGUGACUGCGGCGCCACUGUGACAAGUGACAUUGGAGCACUCUCGUUCCCCGGUCGCCAGGUGGCUCUGCAAUGGGAGACUGCAGGCAAGGGAGUUGGUCCCAAUAACAGCUACAUUACUUCCACCCAGGCAAAGACUGGCAAAUAUGUUGCCUGGGUCUCACAGCUGAACGUGACAUACACGCCUUUGCGUGUCGUCAAUAGCACUGGCAAUAGUACUGGCCGUGGAUACACCAGCCAGCCUGACUUGGAGACCUAUCAGGGUGACCCAGCAAUCAACGGCACAAUGUUCAUCGCUAUCACUGAUGAUAACCCUGUCCUGACUCCUUUCAACCUGAGCUUGAUCAACCCACAUGUCGUUGCUGGUCCUGCUGUUUACCAGGCUGGCUAA